GGGAGAAGGACAUGGGCCCUAUUCAAGAUGAACUGACACAUUGCAAUUUUCAUUGACCCAGGAUCCUGGACUGAAAAAACAGGAAGAGACCUUGGGUUUUUUCCUCAACAGUGUACAGGAAAUUCCUGUGGUGUCUACAUGCUGAUGGAGGAGGUGCCAUUGAUUCGCCAGUGGUGGUGCAUUCAGCUGAUGGAGAGGUUUUGCCUAGAAGGGCAUGGACAGAGAUUUGCAUACUGGACAGAAGAAGCAUCCCAACUCCUUCAAGGAAACCUUGAGCCUGUCUUUAGGGUGUCAAAAUCCACCACCACAAAACUGUCGCCUAGCAGAAGAGUUGUGGUUGUAGAGGACACUGAAAAGGUGCAACAGCCAACCAUUGUGAGAGACCUUCAUACAGCGUGGUACUGGGUACACAAUCACAGAGACUUAUUCCAUGGGGAUGUGAGAGAACCUGCUUUUCUGCAGAUGAACAGUGAUGAACAACAAAAUGCCCUCAGGAAGGUCCUGGGGGGUGAAUUCUCUAAUGCAAAGGAUGACUUUUUGUUUAUAUUUCAGUGUCAAGAGGACAUGGAAACAUUUUUGUCAUACUGUGUUGAUGAACAAGGCCUGAAGGUCAAUGCCAUGUUCCUCAAUUGCAGUGAGUUAGUGAGUGAGGGAGUGAAUGAGGGAGGGAGGGAGGAAGGGAGGGAAUGA